AUGACGUCGGAUGACAUCAAUAUUAUCUGUGUAGAUUGGGAACAUGGAGCCAAAGGCAUCAAUUACCAUCAAGCCGUGGCGAACACAAGACUGGUUGGUAAAAUGGUUUCAAACUUUCUGAAAAUCGCUCACACUGCCAUGGGAACCUCCUACGGUAAUAUGCAUAUUGUUGGUCACAGUUUAGGUGCUCAUAUUGCUGGUUAUGUUGGAAGAGAUACGCCUGGAUUGGGUCGAAUAACUGGUUUAGACCCUGCUGGUCCGAGCUUUGAGAACUACGGUGUCCUAAUUCGUCUAGAUCCAACCGAUGCUCUGUUUGUUGAUGUUAUACAUACUAAUGAUGAAGAACUUAUUAGUCUAGAAUACUUUCUAUUGGUCAAAUAUAUAAAUCCUGGACAGUGUCCUAUCAAAUUCAUUCCUGAGAUUGGUGAAGUUUCUGUUAUCACCAUGAACACUUUGUUUUGCCUGUUGGUGUUGUGUGUAGCGGGCUCAAGGGGAUUACUCUGGGGUCCAAAUGAGGUGUGCUAUGACGAUUAUGGAUGUUUUAACCGCGACAGCCCAUAUGACAACACUAACGAUCUCCCAGUUACUCCUGAUGAUAUCGCGCUACGUUUACAACUUAACAAUAGAGCAAAUCCAGAUUUGACUAAUUCAGAUUAUCUUACCCCAACCGAUCUUAACAAAAUCGGAUCGAGUGGCUUCAACGAUUCACUAAGGCUUGUAUUAAUUAUUCAUGGUUUUCAUGGCUCUGCUACUAAUGGUUGGGUUGGAGAAAUGGCUAAGGAACUCAUUGAAGCUGCUGAUGUUAAUGUUAUUUGUGUAGAUUGGCAUGGUGGUGCCAAAACUAACAGUUACAAACAAGCUACUGCUAACACAAGAUUAGUGGGUAAAAUGAUAUCUGUUCUACUGAAAAAUAUAAACGCUAAAAGAGGGAUCCCUUUCAGUAGGAUGCAUAUUAUUGGACACAGCUUGGGUGCUCAUAUAGCUGGUUAUGCAGGACAUGAUACGCCUGUGUUGGGUCGAAUUACUGGUAUGGAUCCUGCUGGUCCCAGAUUUGAGAAGUAUGAUGCGAUGGUUCGCCUUGAUCCAGAGGAUGCCUAUUUUGUGGACAUAAUUCAUUCCGACGAUGACAGGCUUCAUGAACUCGGCUUUGGUCUGGGGUUAGCUAUUGGUAAUAUAGAUUUCUACCCCAAUGGUGGCGAGAACCAACCCGGGUGCAGCAAGAAUUUGAUGGACUAUAUCUCUAAUCUGCUAGAUUUUGAAGAACUGAGCGAACAGGUAGCGUGUAGUCAUAUGAGAGCCAUUCACCUAUUUAUAUCGUCAAUAAGACGAUGUACAUACACCGGAUAUCGAUGUGCUAGUUAUUCAGAUUAUCUGGAUGGUUUAUGUGCAGAUGGGAAAACUUUUCCAAUGGGUUACUGGCUUGAACCAUCAUAUUAUAGCGGAUCAUACUACCUACAAACCAGUGGCAACGAACCGUUCUGCUAAUCAAUUCUAAUAAUUCCUUAAUAAAAAAAGGUCUAAAACCUA